AUGGCCGUACCUUUAACCUUGUACAGUGGUUUGAGUAAACUCACCCUGACCGCCGUACCCUUAACCCUGCACGGUGCUCUGAGUAAACUCACCCUGACGGCCGUACCCUCAACCCUGUACAGAGGUCUGAGUAAACUCACCCUGACGUCCGUACCUUUAACCCUGUACAGUGAUCUGAGUAAACACACCCUGACGACCGUACCCUCAACCCUGUACAGUGAUCUGAGUAAACACACCCUGACGGUCGUACCUUUGACCCUUGGUUUAAGUAAACUCCCCCUGACGGCCGUACCUUUGACCCUGUACAGUGAUCUGAGUAAACUCACCCUGACGGCCGUACCCUCAACCCUGUACAGUGGUCUGAGUAAACACACCCUGACGGCCGUACCUUUGACCCUGUACAGUGAUCUGAGUAAACUCACCCUGAUGGCCGUACCCUCAACCCUGCACGGUGCUCUGAGUAAACUCACCCUGACGGCCGUACCCUCAACCCUGCACGGUGCUCUUAGUAAACUCACCCUGACGGUCGUACCCUCACCGCCGUUUUACAUACAGAAAUGA